AUGAGUUUCUCCAUUUACAGGAAGCGGCUAGCAUGUGUAGAAUGCACCCGUCGCAAGGUCCGAUGUGAUAAAACCUUGCCUUGUCGAAACUGCACUGUGAAAGGCAUCAACUGUUCGCGACCGAGAGACCACAUCCACUCGGCAGCCUGGGCCUGUCAUCCAAGGCUACACUACUCAUUUGCGUCUCCAAUUUCCCCUCGGAACCGCAAGUUAUCGGGUCUGGGUGGUGGAGAUGUAACAAACCUGGAUCCCAGUUCAGCACCGUACGAUGAUUACCUUGAGGCUCUGUUACCUUCGAAGCAUCAAAUCUACUACCUUGUUGACUACCAUGAACUGUACUUGCUGUGGUAUCACGGCUCCUAUCACGGUCCAACGUUCCAAUGCGAACUCCAGAGUGCUAUACGGGAUGAAACGGACGGUGCAACUUUGGAUAUCGCGCAACUUGACCUCCAAUGGAUCGCGCUCUUAUUUUCCAUCAUGGUUGCCAGUCUCGUUUGUGCUCCGAGUGCUGAGAUAGAGGAAUGGGGAUUUCACUGUGUCGAGGUUUCAGAGCUCGCCGCGGCUUGGUUCAAAGCAUGUAUUAACUGUUUGAACAAGGCCAACUACUCAGCCAAACGGAACAUCUAUUCUGUACAGGCAAUAGCCACCUUGGCCAUGUCAGCACAUAUCCUUGAUCAAUCUGCAGAGCUCUCGGUUCUCCGUGGAGCUGCUACUCAGAUUGCGAGGGGCCUGGGGCUGGAUCAGCUGAGUCACGAUGCUCGUGUUGACAUUGUGACCUCUACUUCAUCAGAAGCAGAUAAGUAUAAGCUACUUCAGCGAGAUACUGGGCGGCGGUUGUGGUUUCAACUCUGCGUGCAAGACUGGAUUUCCCUUCCCUUUUCGGAAAGUCACAUCAUCGAUCCACUACAAUUCACAUCCUGCAAACCGGCAAACCGAAACUUUCUAACCAUGGAUCUCAUCGACGAGAAUUGUCCCACUUAUGUCAGUUACACCAACUACCUAUUCCAAAUUGCGAAGCUGAUGGCCAAGCAUCACGAAGCCGUCCUUCGGUCAUCCACUUUGCUAACCAAAUACGAACACACUCUCGACUAUGACUACCGACUACGCACCCUUGCAACCAAGGCAAUGCCAAAGUACUUUCACAUCGUGGAGCCAAUCGAUCCCGUGUGGCCUGACUGGAUACCUUGGGCGCGGCGAAGUCUAACAAUCUGCUUUGCGCACAAGAUGAUCAUGAUCCACAGGGCUUUCCUCCGGAAAAGCUUUGAGAAUGCUGCCUUUUCUGCAACACAGUCGACUUGCUUGGCGGCGGCAAAAACGAUUCUCAAAGAGGUACAGACUAGAGACAUGGAAGGCCCAACUAUUUGGAUCGAUGAAGCCUACUGUGCUUCGGCAGGUGUAGUCCUUUGCUUGGAUAUACUCCAUCGACCUCCGACAGAUACUCUUUUCCAGACCCACGUGGAUCUCGCCAGGGGAUGCAUCAGUCGAUUGCACAGGUGUAGCUGGAGUAAUGUCGCGGGACGCGGAGCUCGUGUACUAACGGUUCUUCUGGACAAAAUAGGGGCUGGCACAGGUUCGAUAGCGGAUAUUGAGUUAUCACACGCUCUCGAGAUGACAGGGCAUGAACAGUUAUACGACAUCGAAAGCGUUCUCCAGGGUGAUCUUGCUGAAGUCUUUCCACCACCUGCGGGUAUGCGUAACAAGUACCUAUUUGGAGAGCUGCUCCAGAUUAAACAUUUACCAUAG